UUCCUGUCCCCCUGCCGCGCCGGCCCACGCUGCCGCUCGGGACGCGGUUCGCCCGGAGCCCCAAACCUGCGCCCGCGACACCCCGGCCCCAUGCAGUCCCGGCUCCUGCUGCUCGGGACGCCCGGCAGCCCCGGCGGCGCGGCCGCUCGGCGCGUGCGGCUGCUCCUGCGGCAGGUGGUGCGCGGCCGGCCGGGCGGCGACGGGCGUCCGGAGGUCAGACUGCUGCACGCCGGGGCGGGGGCCGAUACAGGUGACACAGUUAGUAUUGGAAAUGUAUCUUACAAGUUGAAAACUCCUAAGAGCCCGGAACUUGUGCCACAGAACUACAUUUCAGACUCUCUGGCUCAGUCUGUAAUUCAGCAUCUAAGAUGGAUAAUGCAGAAGGAUCUUCUGGGGCAGGAUGUCUUUCUAAUAGGACCUCCUGGGCCUCUUCGACGCUCUGUUGCUAUGCAAUACCUGGAGCUGACCAAACGGGAAGUCGAAUACAUUGCCUUGUCAAGGGACACCACGGAAACUGAUCUCAAACAGCGUCGAGAGAUCCGUGCAGGCACGGCCUUUUACAUCGAUCAGUGUGCAGUUCGUGCAGCCACAGAAGGCAGAACUCUCGUUUUGGAAGGCUUGGAAAAGGCGGAGAGGAAUGUUUUGCCUGUUUUGAACAACUUGCUGGAAAACAGGGAGAUGCAGCUUGAAGAUGGACGCUUCCUAAUGUCUGCGGAGCGUUAUGACAAACUUCUCAAGGAUCAUACGAAAGCAGAACUGGAUGCGUGGAAGAUUGUUCGAGUUAGUGAAAAUUUCCGAGUGAUUGCUUUGGGCUUGCCAGUGCCUAGGUACUCUGGGAAUCCAUUAGACCCCCCUCUUCGUUCUCGAUUUCAAGCCAGAGAUAUUUAUUAUUUACCCUUCAAGGACCAACUUCAACUGUUAUAUUCUGUUGGAUCCAAUGUUUCUGCUGAAAAAGUUUCUCAGCUUUUGUCUUUUGCUACCACACUCUGUUCCCAAGAAUCUUCUACUCUAGGACUUCCAGAUUUUCCUUUAGAUAGUUUACCAGCUGCAGUUCAAAUCCUGAAUUCCUUUCCUAUGAUGUCAAUCAAACAUGCAAUCCACUGGCUUUACCCGUACACUAUUUUACUAGGACAGGAAGGGAAGAUGGCUGUGGAAGAUGUUUUAAAACGCUUUGAACUCCAAGAUUCAAGAAGCUCUUUGCUUCCUGAAGAGAUUGUGAGAGUGGAAAGGAUGACUGAAAAUCACAUCUCCCAAGCUUCUGUUACUGUCCGGAUUGCAGGAAAAGAGGUGACCAUUAAGGUGCCAGCUGGGACUAGGCCAUUCAGUCAGCCUUUUGCAUCAGAACGUUUUAUACAGACUUUAAGCCAUAAACAACUACUGGCUGAAAUGAUGCAGUCUCACAUGGUUAAGGACAUAUGUUUAAUUGGAGGAAAAGGUUGUGGAAAAACAGUCAUCGCUAAGAACUUUGCAGAUACCUUAGGAUACAACAUAGAACCUAUCAUGCUCUAUCAGGAUAUGACAGCUCGUGAUCUACUACAGCAGAGAUACACUCUUCCCAAUGGAGACACCGCCUGGCGGUCCUCGCCCCUUGUGAAUGCUGCUCUGGAGGGAAAGCUGGUCCUGUUGGAUGGCAUUCAUCGGGUCAACGCAGGCACGCUCGCUGUGUUGCAAAGGUUGAUCCAUGAUCGAGAGCUAAGCCUCUAUGACGGUUCCAGGCUGCUGAGGGAAGACAGGUAUAUGCGUUUAAAGGAGGAGCUGCAAAUGUCUGAUGAGCAGCUACAGAAGAGAUCCAUUUUUCCUGUCCACCCGUCCUUCAGAAUCAUUGCCUUGGCAGAGCCCCCUGUUAUUGGAAGCACAACACAGCAGUGGCUGGGGCCAGAAUUCUUAACCAUGUUCUUUUUCCACUACAUGAAACCACUUGUCAAAAAUGAAGAAAUCCAAGUGAUUAAGGAAAUGGUACCAAAUAUUCCUCAGGAAGCUUUGGACAAAUUGUUAUCAUUUACACACAAACUCAGAGAGACACAGGAUCCAACGGCACAGUCAUUGGCAGCAUCACUUUCUACCAGACAGCUGUUGCGAAUUUCUCGUCGGCUGUCACAGUACCCUAAUGAAAAUCUUCACAGUGCUGUCACUAAAGCCUGCCUUUCCAGGUUUUUACCAAGCCUUGCAAGGUCAGCAUUAGAAAAAAAUCUGGCAGAUGCUUCAAUAGAAAUAAGUACUGAUGAUAAUCUAGAACCAGAACUGGAGGAUUACAAAUGUGAAAUAGCAUCUGGCUCUCUGAGAAUUGGCGCUAUUAGUACACCAAUCUAUAAUGCCCACGAGAAAAUGAAAGUGCCUGAUGUUCUGUUCUACGACAACAUUCAGCAUAUGAUAGUGAUGGAAGAUAUGCUCAAAGACUUUCUUCUUGGAGAACAUCUGUUAUUGGUUGGUAACCAGGGUGUAGGAAAAAACAAGAUUGUUGACAGAUUCCUUCAUCUGCUCAAUAGACCCCGAGAAUAUAUCCAGCUGCACAGGGACACCACGGUACAAAGCCUUACUCUUCAGCCUUCUGUUAAAGAUGGACUUAUUGUGUAUGAAGACUCACCUUUGGUUAAAGCAGUAAAGUUGGGUCAUGUUCUGGUAGUAGAUGAGGCUGACAAGGCCCCAACAAAUGUUACCUGUAUUUUAAAAACUCUAGUAGAAAAUGGAGAAAUGAUUCUAGCAGAUGGAAGACGCAUCGUUGCAAAUUCUGCUAAUGUCAAUGGAAGAGAAAAUGUUAUAGUGAUUCAUCCUGAUUUUAGGAUGAUUGUUCUGGCCAACAGACCUGGAUUUCCUUUCCUGGGCAAUGAUUUCUUCGGUACUUUAGGUGAUAUUUUUAGCUGCCAUGCAGUUGAUAAUCCCAAGCCCCACUCGGAGCUUGAGAUGCUCAGGCAAUAUGGACCAAAUGUGCCGGAGCCCGUCCUUCAAAAGCUCGUGGCUGCCUUUGGAGAGCUGAGGAGUUUAGCUGACCAGGGGAUUAUUAGCUACCCUUAUUCUACCAGAGAAGUUGUCAACAUAGUCAAGCACUUACAGAAAUUUCCCACCGAAGGUCUCUCCAGUGUGGUUAGGAACGUGUUUGACUUUGAUUCCUACAACACCGACAUGAGGGAGAUUUUAAUUAACACUUUGCACAAGUACGGGAUACCUAUUGGAGCAAAACCUACCAGUGUGCAGCUGGCGAAGGAGUUGCCUCUGCCAGAGCAGACAUUCAUGGGCUACUGGACCGUGGGCCAGUCAAGAGAUGGAAUGCAGAAACUGUUGUGUCCUGCAGAAACUCAUCAUAUAGACGUAAAGGGUCCAGCACUUAUAAACAUACAGGAGUAUCCAAUAGAAAGACAUGAAGGAAGAUCUCAAACCUUCACUGAAGAAUGUGCCUCCUGGAAGUUGCCAUUGGAUGAAAUUAACAUAAUCUGUGACAUCGCUACAUCACAUGAAAAUGAGGAAUAUACUCUGUAUGUAGUGACUUGCAAUCCUGUUUCCUUAUACUUCAUGAGUAUGACUGGGAAAAUUGGCUACUUUGUGGACUUUUUUGACAUCUUCCCACGAACCGCCAGUGGAGUUUGGCACCCGUUUGUGACAGUGGCACCCCUGGGAAACCCCCUCAAUGGUCAAGUGGUCCUCCAUGAGCAGCAGAGUAAUACCAUCUUAUUGUUGGAUACCAUUGGCCGAGCCGUUCGUCGUCUCAUCCUCCCUUCAGAAGAAGUUACAUCUAAGAAACCUUCCUGGUGGAACAAGGAAGAAGCUGAAACGUAUAAAAUGUGUAAAGAAUUUUCGCACAAAAACUGGCUAGUAUUCUACAAAGAAAAAGGGAGCAACUUGACUGUGCUGGAUGUGCUAGAAGGGCGAACUCAUACCAUCUCACUUCCCAUCGACCUCAAGACAGUUUUUCUUGUAGCAGAGGACAAAUGGCUUCUGGUGGAGAGCAAAACCAAUCAGAAAUACCUUUUAACUAAACCUGCACACAUCGAAUCUGAGGAUAGUGGGGUUUGCCAAUUGUAUGUAUUGAAGGAGGAGCCGCCCAGCACAGGGUUUGGAGUUACACCAGAAACAGAUUUCAGCAUACCUCAUAGAAUUUCAAGUGAGCAGCUAUCAUCUGAGAAUCUGAGUUCAGCUGUGGGACAAAAGAUAGCCUCUCCUAACCGAAUUCUCUCAGAUGAGAACAGUUAUGCUACAGCCAUUGUUGGUUUCCCAGAUCUCAUGUCUCCCAGUGAAGUUUAUUCUUGGAAAAGGCCAUCAUCUUUGCAUAAAUCAAGGGUCACUGAUACAGCGUUCUAUGGGGGGAAGAAGAAAAGUGGAACUCCAAAACAGAGCAAUUGUGUGACUCUUGUGGACACUAAUCAGAUAGUCCGGAUUUUGCCCCCAGGAGAAGUCCCUCUAAAAGAUAUCUACCCAAAAGAUGUUACCCCUCCACAUACAUCUGGUUAUAUAGAAGUCACUGAUCUUCAAUCAAAAAAACUCCGAUAUAUCCCUAUUCCCAGAUCAGAAUUUCUCUCCCCAUAUACCACAUGGAUAUCUACUAUUUCAGACACAGAUGCACUGCUAGCUGAGUGGGGCAGAGGUGGUGUUGUUACUGUUGAUAUGGGAGGUCAAAUCAGACUUUGGGAAACUGGACUUGAACAUCUGCAGCGCUCACUUAUGGAAUGGAGAAACAUGAUUGGACAAGAUGACAGACAUAUGCAGGUAACAAUCAACAGAGAUAGUGGUGAAGAUGUGAGUUCUCCCAAACAUGGGAAGGAAGACCCUGACAACAUGCCCCACGUGGGCGGCAAUACGUGGGCCGGCGGAACAGGGGGAAGAGACACUGCAGGUCUGGGUGGCAAAGGAGGUCCUUACCGGCUGGAUGCAGGCCACACAGUGUACCAGGUCUCUGAGGCCGAAAAGGACGCGGUUCCCGAGGAGGUGAAGAGAGCUGCGAGAGAGAUGGGCCAGAAAGCGUUUCGGCAGAGGCUGAAGGAGAUCCAAAUGAGUGAGUAUGAUGCCACAACUUACGAAAGGUUCUCAGGUGCUGUCCGAAGGCAGGUGCACUCCCUCCGGAUCAUCCUGGAUAAUUUACAGGCUAGAGGUAAAGAAAGACAGUGGCUCAGACACCAAGCUACUGGAGAACUCGAUGAUGCCAAGAUCAUUGAUGGGCUGACUGGAGAGAAAACCAUCUACAGACGCCGGGGUGAUCUGGAGCCACAAGUGGGAAGCCCCCAACAGAAACCCAAGCGUCUGCGCCUGGUGGUGGAUGUGUCUGGCAGCAUGUACCGCUUUAACGGCGUGGAUGGCCGGCUGGAGCGCUCCAUGGAGGCUGUGUGUAUGGUAAUGGAAGCCUUCGAGAACUAUGAAGAGAAGUUCAAGUAUGACAUCGCUGGACACUCUGGAGAUGGCUACAACAUUGAUCUGGUUCCACUGAACAAAAUCCCCAAGGACAAUAAGCAAAGACUAGAAAUUCUGAAGACGAUGCAUGCCCAUGCUCAGUUCUGCAUGAGUGGGGACCACACUUUAGAGGGGACAAAGCAUGCCAUCCAGGAAAUUGUCAGAGAAGAAGCUGACGAGUACUUUGUCAUCGUCUUGAGUGAUGCGAACCUGUCCCGAUAUGGGAUACAUCCUGCCAAGUUUGCCCAAAUCCUGACAAGCAACCCUCAAGUUAAUGCUUUUGCCAUCUUUAUUGGAUCUUUAGGUGAUCAAGCAGCCAGGCUUCAGAGAACGUUGCCCGCUGGCCGGUCUUUCAUUGCCAUGGAUACCAAGGACAUCCCUCAGAUUUUACAGCAGAUCUUCACCUCUACCAUGUUGUCCAGUGUUUAAGAAGUGCCCUUUGUCACCCUAAGGCCUGGGAUUUGCAAUAAGAUGGGACUAAAGAGUACUCUGAAGAAAAGCAGGCACAGUAAAGAGAACCCAUGCAAUGACUGGAUAAUUCUGACAUCCCUGGCUCUUCCUACACAUGCCCAGUAACCAGAAUUCAGAAAUGUAUCCAGAGGGAGGCUUGUGCAUAGAAAUCUACAACCAUUGACAGGUUUACAAAUAAUUAGAGGAAGCAAGUUGAGCUGCAUUUUAUAAAAGGUGAGGGUGAAAGGAAGGCGGUUUGACAACCAUGGUGCUUAGUCCAUUUCCAAAAACCUGAGGGAUGGAGAAUACCUAGCUUUGCCUUAACACAUCAUCAUGUCACUUAAGAUAACAAAAGUGACCUCAUCGCGAAGCCCCGAUGCCACAUUCUGACACUGAGAUACAAGUCUGUACAAACCCACCCAACUGGUUCCUGCCCAAAAAUUAUUUUAUUGAUUUUUUACAGAGAGGAAGGGAGAGGGAUAGAAAGUUAGAAACAUCGAUGAAAGAGAAGCAUCAAUCAGCUGCCUCCUGCACACCCCCGACUGGGGAUGUGCCCGCAACCAAGGUACAUGCCCUUGACCGGAAUCGAACCUGGGACCCUUCAGUCCGCAGGCCGGCGCUCCAUCCAGUGAGCCAAACCAGCUAGGGCCCAAAAAUUAUUUUUAUUUUCUCCCCACUUUGUGUUGCCCAACAAUGAUGUGAUAGUAUUAAACCCACUGAAAAGUUCUUCUAACAGCAGCAUUUUAUAAAAGGUUGGAUUUUCUCAGUAAUUCCAUUUUCUUGGCCAAAACCAAAAGGAAUCAAAAGAUCCUUGGAUUGCUUCCUUUCCCACGUGACUUUUAAAAGGUUCUUGAAGUAAUAAAGAGCAAAUGCCCUACUCUCUGGGGGGCCGGGAGUGGAAGGAUAAGGAUGUCUGGCAUCGAGUUCCUUUUCUUCUUGUUCUUCUACUGCUUCUCAGAAGUUUCACACUACUCCCGCUUGGUUUCCAAAAUGCAGUGCUCAAAAUAACAAAUGCUUAUGUUUUUACUUAAAGUAAAAGCACGGCAGUAUGUUUGAACUGAAUGAUAACUGGAAAUUUCUUUAGCUGUUAAAAAAAAUAGCCUGUUCAAGCCUCAUUCUUUUUCUUUCAAAGUAUACCUUACUCCCACCCUGCCUUGGGCUGACCUUUAUUUAUCAAUAGGCUCAAUGUCAGUUAGUUUAAAAGCAGAUGCUUCAGCAGAACUCAGUAUCUCCAACCAUAUAAUAAAAAGUUCCUCUUCGCCACUGAUGGUGAAGUCAAACACUGGGCACCAGUGUGUGUGCCUUCUUUCAAGUGGGAAAACUAGCCUUGCUAAUAAUGUCGCUGAAUUCACCCACAUAUAGUAGUGACAUUGUACAGAUUCGUUUCAUUGUCAUUAACUAGAGGAAAUGUGAAAAGAUAACACCCAUUUGUUCCACCACCCCAUCUCCCUAUCAGCUGUCAAAGAAAUAAAGCAAUCGGAUUUCCAAUACACUCUUGCCAAUGAGUUUGCAAGGCAUGUCUUGUUUUCCUAACCAGAGCCUGCCCUGUGUGUUGAAUCAUCCAAUGAUGCAAACAGUUGCAAUGCAGUAAGUACCUUUAAAAAUGUGGUUACAGCCCAGCCAGUGUUGCUUAAUGGUUGAGCAUCAGCCCAUGCACCAAGAGGUCACUGAAUUCCCAGUCAGGGCACAUGCCAGGGCUGUGAGCUCAAUCUCCAACAGGGGGCGUGCAGGAGGCAGCCAGUAGAUGUUGAUGUUUCCUUCUCAUGGAUGUUUCACUCUCUCUUCCCUUCCUCUCACUAAAAUGUCAAUUAAAAAAAAAAAAAACACAUAAAAAUAUAACCACAUUAACAACAAUAAGAGUAAGAACAACAGCAGCUAGCAUUUACUUUCUGGGCACCAGGUAUGUUAAGUGAUUGCAUAUGUUAUUUCAGUCAGUCCUCACAGCAAUGCAUGCAAAGUAAGUACUUUUUACCUCAUUUUAUAGAUAAGAAAACUGAGGCUCAGGAACUUGAGUCACUUCCCCAAGAUUCACAGUAGUAGACUAUUGACUAUUCAUUGCACUAAUAAAAUCCUCAAAGAAGGAAACUGAGGCUUAGAGAAGUUCAAGGACAUAGACCAUGCUCACUGUCAGGCGGGGCCGAGCCAGAGGGUGCUGGUCGCUCUCAUGCUUCUUUAUUCUCGCAAACCUAGACGUCAACUCUUGCGCCUUUUCUUCUUUCUCCCAGUGCACUUCUUCUUCUGGCCAAGUGACCACAUUUCACAGAGCUCCCUCCUCUCCUUGGUACUCAGAAACUGCCUGCACAUAUCCAGGCACUUUCGGGGGGGGGGGGGGGGCGGGGAGGGGCAGAAAGAGGGCAUGGGACACUGCUGGCAGCACUUCCAGCCACUCCUUCCUGGGCACCUCGGCAAAGGGAGGAUGUUCCCACCCAAGGGGCAGCCUAGCCCCCAGGGGCGCCCCUCUGCCAGAGGGUCACAGCCCCUGAAAGGCUUUAGAAAUCCAACCAAGAGCACCCGAUAGAACAGCCUUGUAACAAAUCUUCUACAUGUGCAAGAGUAAGCACAGCUUUUUUUUUUAACGUGGAAAGAAUGUUGGCAAGUAAUUUAAUUUACCUUUCCCCACUGGCCAGACAUCCUUUGCAAUUAUUAUUUUAAAACAAAGAAAAAACAACAACAGCAAAAACAAUAAUUCCGCGCUUUUCUGAUUUCUAAAAGGGAAGGAUGAUGGAAGAGGGGAGUGGAGAAUGAGAAGGUGAAGGCUUUUAUUUUCACUUCUUGCAAUACCUAAGAAGUGUGUGCCUUUAUUAUUAAAUGCACUUAAUUAUGGGCCACUCCAGGCUGUUCCCAGGCCCUUCUUAGGGCCAGGACGUUACAAUAAAUGCAUUGUGUGCCUCAGGGGGUUCCACUGAAAGGCGGCUAGCCCAGCCCUCUCUGUAGUGAGCCCCUGUAAUGCUGAGAAGGUUCAUUGUUACCCGUGAGCAGCCAGGAGGAAUGAAUGCGAUGAAUAGCGCGGUACAUGGUGUGUGCUGCCCCGAACCCUUUGUGUGCCCGGCAAAAUGACCUCGUUGCACGGGGCAGCCCAGGCACCGCCACAGAAGUGCAUCAGAGCGGGAGUACUUGAGCCCGUCACAGGUUUGGAAUGAAUCAUUUAAUUCUUUACACUUACACCCUUUCCUGUGAACUGUCAGAGGAGGAGAAAUCCAUCAAUUCCAGCAAGAGACUCUCUAACCAACUUCUGGGGCUUGGGAAGCCAUUUGGAAGUGGGGCUCUGUACAGCAUUGUCUGUGUUCCUGAAAGGCCAGCCCCAGAGGCUGCAGCCACUCCACCCGCCCCUGUGCCUGUCAGAUCAGCUGGAAUUCACUUUCUCAGAGCACAGAGCACAGGGUACGGACUAGGCACAGUGAUGGCGAACCUUUUGAGCUCGGCGUGUCACCAGUUUGAAAAACCCUAACUUAACUCUGGUGCCGUGUCACAUAUAGAAAUUUGCAACCAUAGUAAAACAAAGACUUAUAGUUUUGAUAUUUAUUUUAUAUAUUUAAAUGCCAUUUAACAAAGAAAAAUCAACCAAUAAAAUGAGUUCACGUGUCACCUCUGACACGUGUGUCAUAGGUUCGCCAUCACUGGACUAGGGCAACAAGAGCAAUAGUCACUUACUCAUUGCGUCCCCUUCUAAUUUGUUUCUAACAAUCGCAUUAUAAGAGAUAUUCCACAAAUUCUAAGCUGAUUUCUCCUGACUGGACAAAUUUUCCUGGAAUUGCAUCUCAGGAAUAGUUAAAUGUCUGCUUGUGCUUAGUAUAUUGUCCAUAGCUUUUUCAUCUUUUUAACAG